CACAAAUCAUGAAACGUAUAGUAUCCUCCCAGUACCUUCAACUCGCCACCAGAAUCAUGACACUCAGUCGUCAGAUUAGCCAGCAGCAGGCAGCUUUGCAUCACCGGCGCUGCUGAGUGGUGAGACAACUCACACCUCAAACUCAGCCUCGCGCCAACGACGCGGCCUCACAUGAGCACUUCCAUCACACCCAAAACCACAACUCCGUACCACCAGAUCUCAGAUCUCCACCGUCCGAUCAUGAACCAUCAUGGACGAAGCAAAGAAGAAACUAUUCGGUCUCUUCCGGAGUCGUAGCAACUCGGAGAGUCCCUCAGGCUCUAGAAAGGAUAAAGAACGAGAUAGAGACAGAGACCGCGAUCGAGAGCGCAAACAUCGUCGAGACCACAGACGUCCACGCCGCCCCCGCUCCCCGAUCCAAGAAGGGACCCCGCCAACCACCCGCCCCGAACGCUCGCACAGCGCCCAUUAUUCGCGCUCCGAACCAAGGCGGUCCUCUGGCGCAUACGCAACUCCUCCCCCUCCUGCCCAGACCCAGAUCCUGCGGCCGCAGACCGUCCCGCCUGCGUUCCCGGCGCCGCAGCAACAGCAGCAGAUACAGUUCCCGCGGUUGACGGAAUGGCCGCCGAGGGGGUAUGGACGGGACGCGAGUCUGAGCCAGGGGAAGGCGAUGGAGUUUAUUUGUACGGGGAUCCCGGUGUUUAAGGGGCAUCGGAGGGGGAUCCCGCAUUUGGGGGAGGAGUACGUGCAGUUCUAUGCUACAUGUGAGGGGAAUGGACAUGCGGGGAGUGAUGGUGCUGAGCCGGCGUAUGAGGCGUUUGAUGCUGCGUCGUUGAGGUUACAAGGGGAAGGGAAGGCGAAAUAUCCGUGGGACACGUUGGAGCAGCCUAGUAUGGCGUUCUGCUAUGGGGCGAUGCCGGGGACGAUUACGUUGAAUCAUUGGGUUGGACAGAGUGGGAAUCCGAGUCCUGGGAUUGAGAUGAGGGAUCCGGGUGUGCAGCCUAGAGAUGUGGAGCUUUCUACUAUUCUAGAACGGUUGAUUUAUCUUGAGGGGGGCUUCGAAGAGGACUAUCCGGAUCUGAUGUAUAAGAAUCUCUACAAGAAUCUCUUGCGGGAUCCGGAUCGGAUUAUUGCUCCACAUAAGGCAAUGGAGAAGCAGAUUGCGGAUCUGAUUGUGGUGUUGAGUAGGAGGGAGUGGGUUGAUUUCAGCAAGCAGGAAAAUCAGGUUGUGGCUAAGUUCUUUGCCAAUGCUGUCUAUACGGAUGGUGGGAGGUACAAGAAGUUCUUUCAUCAGCUGUUGCUGAGUAUGGAAUUGGAUAUCAGGAUUCAUUCGAAGCAACAUACAGAUGCAGCGAAGGAGAGGCUAUUGGCCCAGCUGCCGCCUUGUAUUGCUUGGGAUCUAGCAUUGGCUAGAAAGUGGAGGGAGUGCAUGAAGAUUGAAAAGUAUAAGACGGGUGAUGACUCCAAUUCAAUACGUCUUAAGUCUGAAUCGAAGAAAGCACAAGUCAAAGCCCUUCGCAAGUUCGCCCGAGCAAUGAAAUGGCCCAACCUCGUCAAGGUCGAUGAAAUUCUCAAAGAGCGAGAUCCUGACGAUAAACCCCUCGAAGACCGCUCCUCAGACGCAAUGUCCUACUUUACUGGCGUGAUACUUCCAGGUGUCACUUUACCAUGGCUCAUCAUGAACUCUCUUAUCGACUGUGAUACUGAUGCAGGUGCCAACUCUCUUGCAGCACUGACACACAUGCAUCCUCACUCUGGGUUCCAAUAUAAGAGCACAACUUACUGGUCCUCUACCUCUAUUGUUGGAAAGGUUCUCGCGCCUACAUGUCGAGAGAUAGGAGGAUGGAUAGGACCAGCAAGACCAGCCCCUGACCUCUCUCGAAUCCAAAUAGCACGAAUCCGCCAAAGAAGACCAAAACAAAUCCUCAGCGCAGACGACGUCGAUUCAAUGACCGAACGAUCUGACCCCCUCGGCCCACCCUCUCACUCAUACCCCGUCUCCGAAUACCAACUCCUCCUCCCCGACCGCGAACCCUCCGACUUCAUCGACACAGUCCGCAUCGAAAAACUAGCACUAAAACCCGUCUCCGUCUCCUCGGCCCCAGAAAACGAACAAUAUAAAGACACGGGAAGACCACUCACCUACGACGCCGCCGUCCAAUUCGCCAUCGACGGCCGCAGCUGGCCCCUGAGACUAAGCUACGACGUGAGUUUCAUCGCCGCCUGUCCCUGCGCCGGCGCAGGCCCUCACCCGCUGUUUUUCGACUACGUCUACCAGGCCGUGAAAGUGGACCAGAUCCUCACCAUCAAAGAUUGGGGCGGUCUGAAUUCGGGCAAUAGUCUUUCUACGCGGGGUAAUUCGCCAUCAGCCACCUCUGAGGGUAGAGAGCGAGAAGCAGAGGAAGAGGAUAGCGAGAAAGUGCUCGUGGUGGAAUGUUUCGGGGUCGAGGAUAACGAGGUGUUGGCGCGGGCGUGGUGCUCGCAUUGGGGACUGAGCGCGGUGGUGGCGGAUGUGGAGAGGACGUGUAUGAGUUGUGCGGUUCGGGAGGCGUAUGCGGGGUGUGUGAAUGUGGUGGUCUUGAUUGAGGGGAGGGAGGGGAGUGAGUCGAGAUAG